AUGGAACAAAAUGCAAAAAUCGACACACCUAAAAAACAAACCCCAACAAACCAACUCUCACUAAACAAAGGACUUGAUAAUCAAUUAGAUAUCAUUGCACCUCCAUCAAUCACAAGACCACUCUCUUUCUUAGAAAAAAACAAUAACACCAUCAACAUUAAGUGUUACUUUAAUCAACCACACAUCCGUGAAGAAUUAACCUCUAAAGAUGACACAAGAAUCCAACAAAUUCACAAAAACAUUCACAAACUCUUCGAAGAUAUACUGUCGCCAUCAGCAUUUAAAAUAAUUGGUGCAACUGCCUUCGUAAAUUGCAACGUUGAUAAAUUAACUUCAAUAAUCAACCUUCAAAACCAACUUGCACUAAAUAUCGACAAACUCAACUAUAGAUUCGAUAUAUCAUCAAAUGAUUAUGCAAUCAUUAAAACAUUCAUUAAAACGUACUCACCCAAACAUGCAAACGAGGCAAUUACAAACAACCUCACUAAAUUCACCAGUUGUACAUCAAUUGAAUCAUUUACUGUCACAUACUCAUAUGCUGUUGCGUUUAAAAGUUACAUUAUAACAUAUCAUCUAAUUGAUCACACACACAACAUUGUUGAUCAAAAGAUCGAACAACCAUCUGGUAUCACAAGAUAUAUCAAAGCUGCAACACGUAGUGUCACUAAACACAAAAUUCAACAUGCAAAAAAUGCAGAUAUGGCAACAACUAUAAAAAAUGCCAUCACAAACCCAAACAUGAACAAAAACAAUCAACCACCAAAAAACAACAUUAACACCCCACCAAUCAACGAAAUUGCAAAUUCCAAUCGCAAUAAUAACUCACUUCAAAAUAGUGGUUCAAAAGCUAUACUAAAUGAAUCACUUGAUAUUAACAAUCAAUCCCAAAACAAUAAUGAAAUUUCACACAAAAGUGAUUCUUCAAAUAAUAAUAACGGGAAAAACUCAUUAUCAAUGAGCAAUCCAACCGAUCCAACAAUUGUACCACAAAAACCUCUACAAUCUCAACCAAACAAACCAAGUGCACCAACUCCAAAUCCAAUAAAUCCAAGAAGAAGCAGCAAUGCCCUGACUACACAACCAGUCAAUACUGGUGCUUCCAAACCUAGUAAGGUGAAUUUAAAAACCACUCCAACUCAUACACAUGGUAACAGAUUAGAUAGAAUAUAUACUCAAUACAAUAGAAUAGACCCUGAAAAUAUAUAUACACAAGUCCACCAAAUUCCAUCUUCAUUAUCAGAUCAUAAUCCAAUAUCAACAACAAUUUCUUCACCUUUUCAAAUAAAUAAACAUAAGAAAAGAUGGAUAUUAUCACCUGGUACUGCAAAUGACCAUGAAGCAAUCAAUAUUAUCAAUCAUUUAAUAACUAAUCACAAUAACACAUCAACAAUCAAUUUACAAAUUGAUGAAGUUGAAGCUGCAAUUAAAACCAGUAACCCCAACAAAUCACCCGGUCCAGAUGGAGUUACAAAUGCAUUUUACAUUAAUCAUUUAAACCAAGUUAAACCAAUUCUCACUACAUUAUUCAACGAUAUACUAGAAAAUCCACACCACAUCACAACAGAAUUCACCGAAGGUCUUAUACACACAAUAUACCAGAAAGGCAACCCCUUACUCAUAUCAAAUCGUCGUCCCAUUACACUUCUAAACACUGAUUACAAGAUCCCUCUCAAAGUAAUCAAUGCACGUCUUCUGAGAAUACUUCCUUUCAUCAUCAAUAACAACCAAACUGGUUUCGUACCCCACAGAUUCAUCAUAGACAACAUCAUCAACAUCAAUGAAUUAAUCAACUACCUCAAAUCUAAAAACCUCCCUGGUAUCAUCACACUAUUUGACUUCUUUAAAGCAUUUGAUUCUAUCUCUCACGAUAGCAUUAAAAGAACAUUAAUUCAUAUUGGUAUACCAAUAAAAUUAAUAAAUUUAAUCCACAAGCUAUUAUCUGACUCACAAGCAAAAAUUUCAAUUAAUGGUAAAACGACCAGAAAAUUCGAUAUUAAAAGAGGUGUAAAACAAGGUGACCCAAUCUCAGCCACUUUAUUUGUAAUUGUAAUUGAAAUAUUAGCAAGAACAAUAAAUGCAGACAAUUCAAUAAUUGGAUUACCAAUUUCACCCAAUCCACAAAUUAAAAUCAAAUUUACCCAAUUUGCAGACGACUCUACAACAUACAACAUCAACUACGAACAACAACAACAAUCAAUCAAACAUUUCGAUAAUUUCUGCGCUUCAACAUCAUCAUCAUUAAAUUUUGACAAAAGUGCAAUAAUAGAAAUCAACCCCCACAAAAUCACUGAUAAACACAUAAUAAACAACAUUCCACAAUCAAAAAGAAUCCCAAUAACCAAAAAAGAUCAAUCAGAAAGAGUCCUUGGCUAUUUCUUUAAUCAUAGGGGGUUUACAUAG